AUGUUGUCAGUUGCCAGUUCAUUCGAAACCAUCCACAAGGGACAAAUUCUUUCAACGGAUAUUGAUUAUUACAAUAAAUAUGUUUGUACUAGUUCUACGGAUGGCGUUAUUCAAAUUAUCGAUAGUGACAAACCAGACGUGUAUGCACCGGUGAUACAAUUACAAGAACACGUUGGUCCUGUAUGGCAAGUAAGGUUUUCACAUCCAAAAUUUGGAUUUUUAGCUUCGUGUGGAUCAGAUUGUAAAUUAAUUGUACGUACAACUAAUGACAAGGGUGAGUGGAAGGUUGUUUAUCAAUAUGAUGGACACAAAUCAUCAGCGACUUCAAUAGAUUGGGCGCCGUAUAAAUCUGGAGCAAUCAUAGCUUGUUCAAGUGUUGAUGGUACUAUUUCAAUACAUGCUCUAAAUAAUAAUGAUUGGUCUGUAUCAAAGAUCCCUAAUGCUCAUGUAAAUGGAGUUAACUGCAUCAGUUGGUCGAAUGAAUUAUUCAAUAAUAAUUUGCUAUUAGUUAGCGGAGGAAAUGACAAUAAGAUCAAAAUAUGGCAAGGUCAAAUAGGUAUGUGGAACGUUAAGUAUGAAUCAGACAAUCAAUUAUCUACUAUCAAGGACAUAAGUUGGAGUCCAACUCCUGGUCUGUACAAUCAUGUAAUUGCUAGCUGUGCCUCGAAUGGUAGAGUAUUUGUAUGGGGAAGUGAUGAUUGUUUUGAUUGGGCACAAACAGAAAUUGACCCCGAUAACAUGCAAAAACAAAAAGUUAGUUUUUCUCGUUUUGGAACUAUGUUAUCUGUUACAAUGAACAGUUAUGCUGUACAACUUUGGAAACAGAUCGAUAAACAAACUUGGAUGUGUAUGGAUAAUAGUAUUACAAACAGAAAAACUUUAGAUCGUCAAAACAAAAAUGUUAAUCAAGAUAUAUUUGCUUCUAUUGUUUAA